AUGCCGGCCAACAGUCCACCGCCACCGCCGCCACCUCGCAGUCACCGGCCUCCCACCACCACCACCAACGGCUCCUUCUUCCCUCCUCUCUUCCAACCCAACCCUCUGUCCACCUCACUGAUUCCCAGCACCGCCGAAGGGAGGCCGAUCCCCUUGGACGACUCCAUCGCCGCCAACCGCACCAGCGCCUUGCGGGAACUGAGCCGCUCGCAGCCGUCGUCGCGGCAUCGCUACACCAAGUCGACCGGCCCGCCGAGCACCACCACCACCACCACCACCGGCACCUACUCCCAGCCCGUGCUAGUGCGCACCUACUCGGGCCCGGGGCCGCCAUCGUCAUCCGCCCGGAGCCGCCCCGCCAGCCGCCGCGUGCCGCUCUCUAACGUCUCGGCUGCGUCCAACGCCUCCAAUUGGCGUCCGGGCCGGAAUGGCAGCACCGCCCUGAGCAUGGCACGCCACCGGGGCAAGAAGAGUGCCCCGCCGCGGCGAGACGAUGCGAAGCUGCCCCCGCUCGAGGCCUUCAGCUUCAAGAGCAUCAUGACUGACAUGCAGCACGACAUGGCUACCGACCUCGACCGCAUAGCCGAGAUCUGUGCCCGCUCGAGGUACUCCCUCAGCAACCAAUACGAGGUGCACGUGGCACCUCACGGUUCCGGACAAGGCCUCCCUGCUUCGACGCCGACGCCGAGGCCGCAGCCGCCGUUGAGGCACCACAUACCCGGCGGGCCCACGCUUCAGGCAAUCUCUAGCGACGACGAGCACGCCUCCACGAGCAGGAAUGGGAAGCGGUCGGGCGCCGCCCGUUCCAGAAGUGCCGCCUAUGGCACUUUAGAGACUAUCAUGAGCUCCAGUCGAUCCUCCGAUGAGGACAAAGGCAAAGGCAAAAGCAAGAAAAAGCCGGCUGCCGAGAUAGCGGCCGAGGUGAGAGGCCGUGUGGCCCGCGGUAGUCAGGACGGGAGCCUGAGUGCGAACAGCACCGAGGCCCAGGCCAGUAGUGAGCCACAGGAGGACGACAAAAAGGACAAUGCCGUCCGACGCAGGGCAACUCCCUUCGGCCCGGUCAUUGUCGGUGCCCCUGGCGGCCAGCUUCAUAGCCAUCCUCGCCCCGCCGCUCUAUUUGGUGAGCCGGCUAAACCGGAGACCUCCAGGAGUCACCAUUUAAGCAGGACUGUCUUGGAGAGCCCGGCUCCUAUGAACUUCUCUCGUGGCCCCGCGCUGCGGCCUUCGCGCGCUGUUGUGUCCGAGUCAGUAGCUGCGGCCGCCAUUGUAGCGCCAGAAGAGCAACGAGAUGUGGCCGGCCGGGUCUCCGGGUUUGGUAAAUGGAUUCCGUGGAGGAGACCAGUCGUGCUCGAGCCGGCUUCAUCACAGGCAGGAGGCGGCGCGAGCAAGAGCCAUGCUGAAAGUUCUUUAAGGGGUUUAUUAAGCACCGCGGAGCCAAUGGACCGCUGA